AUGACCUGGAUGACUGGGAAUCUUUACCUGCAUACCGGAAACUCAGAACAGCUAAAGAUAACAUCUCUGCUAAACUUUCAACUGAAUAAUGUAGCCCGUUGUUUUGGUUUCUUCUCUGUUUUCUUAGCAGAUGUUGAGGUGGAAAAGGUUUUAGUUGAACACAGGAGGAGCCUGAGGAGGAUAUGUGAGAGGGUGACUGAAGGAAGUGAUGAAACAGGAAAUAGAACCCUCCUCAACAAGAUCUACACUGAUCUUUACAUCACAGAAGGACAGAAAGAAUCAGUAAACACCAGAGAUGAGGUGAGGCAGCUAGAAGAAACCAACAAGAUCUACAACCUCCACGAUGAUCCAAUCAGAUGCCAGGAUAUCUUUAAAGUGUCACCUGAGCAACAUGGACCAAUCAGAGUGGUUCUGACCUAUGGUGUCGCUGGUGGUGGGAAAACCUUCUCAGUGCAGAAGUUCACUCUGGACUGGGCAGAGGGCCUAGAGAACCAGGAUGUCAGUGUAGUGGUUCUGCUUUCCUUCAGGGAGCUGAACCUGAUCAGAGAUCAGCAGCACAGUCUUCUCACGCUGCUCCAUGUUUUCCAUCCAACCCUCCAGAAGCUCCCAGCAGAAAAGCUGGCUGUCUGGAAGCUUCUCUUCAUCUUUGACGGCCUGGAUGAAAGCAGACUUUCUCUGGACUUCAACAACAGUCUGAUUGUUUCUGACGUCAGACAGAAGUCAUCAGUCAACGUUUUGCUGGUGAACCUCAUCAAGGGGAACCUGCUUCCCUCGGCUCUGGUCUGGAUAACUUCCAGACCUGCAGCGGCCAAUCAGAUCCCUCCUUCCUGUGUUUCAAGGAUAACAGAAGUACGAGGCUUCACUGACACCCAGAAGGAGGAAUACUUCAGGAGGAGGUUCAGUGAUGAAGAGGAGAAGGCCAGGAGGAUCAUCUCCCACAUCCAGACCUCCAGGAGCCUCCACAUCAUGUGUGGGAUCCCAGUGUUCUGCUGGAUCACUGCUAUGGUUCUGGAGAACCUGUUGGCCACAGAGCAUAGAGGAGAGCUGCCCAAGACCAUGACUGACAUGUACUCACACUUCCUGCUGGUCCAGACCAGGAGGAAGAAGAACAAGUACCAUGAAGGACAUGAGAUGAGUCCAAAUGAGCUGAUGGAGGCUAACAGGGAAGUUCUCCUGAAGCUGGGGAGGCUGGCCUUGGAACAUCUGGAGAAAGGAAACAUCAUGUUCUACCAAGAAGACCUGGAGCAGUGUGGUCUGGAUGUCAUAGAGGCCUCAGUGUUCUCAGGAGUUUGUACAGAGAUCUUCAAAAGAGAGAGCGUGAUCUUCCAGAAACCAGUCUACUGCUUUGUUCACCUGAGCGUCCAGGAGUUUCUGGCUGCAGUCUACAUGCUCCACUGCUUCACCAGUAGGAAUACAGAGGCGGUGGAGAACUUUCUGCGAAAAAACGACUCCAGAAAAACAAAUCAUAGCUUCUCUUCUUUUGAUCAGUUUCUGCAUAGUGUCAUGGAAAAAUCCCUAAGAAGUGAAACCGGCCACCUGGACCUGUUUGUCCGAUUCCUUCAUGGCCUCUCUGUGGAUUCCAACCAGAGAAUCCUAGCAGGUCUGCUGGAGGAGAUGGAUAACCAGACAGAGAUGACCAACAAGGUCAUCAAAAACCUGAAAGAAAUGAACACGGAGCAAACCUCUCCGGACAGAAGCAUCAACAUCUUCCACUGUCUGAUGGAGAUGAAGGAGCUCUCCGUCUAUGAGGAGAUCCAGGAGUUCCUCAAGUCAGGAAGCAGACCGAGAAAGAAUCUGUCUGAGAUCCAGUGCUCAGCUCUGGCCUACAUGCUGCAGAUGUCAGAGGAGGUUCUGGAUGAACUGGAUCUGAUGAAAUACAGAACACCCAUGGAGGGACGACACCGACUGAUUCCAGCUGUAAGGAACUGCAGGAAGGCCCGAUUCCACCGAUGUGGACUUUCAGGGAACCACCUCCAGGUUGUAGCCUCAGCUCUGAGAUCCAAACCCUCCCAUUUGAUUGACCUGGAUCUGAGCUGGAACAACCUGAGCGGCUCUGGACUGAAACAUCUAUGUCUCGGACUGGAGAAUUCAAACAGUAAAUUACAAAUCCUAAGAUUGGAGAACUGCAGUUUGUCAGAGAUCAGCUGCUCCACUCUGGUCUCAGCGCUAAAGUCCAACCCCUCCCAUCUGAGCCAGCUGGACCUUAGCAGCAACCAUCUGAAGGAUGCUGGAGUGAAGGAGAUCUGUGGCUUCCUGAAGAGUCCACUCUGCAGAAUAAACACACUGAGGCUGGAAGGCUGCAGUUUGUCUCCCAGCAGCUGUGCUUCUCUGGUCUCCGCUCUCAAGUCUAACCCCUCCCAUCUGAAAGAGUUGGACCUCAGAGGAAACAACCUAAAGGAUGCAGAUGUUCAGCAGCUGCUGGCUUUGCUGCAGAGUCCAGACUCCAACCUGGAGCUCCUGGAGUGA